CUCCCAAUUCUCAUUGCAGUUUGAUUCAAUUUUUUACUUCGAGCUUGAUUUUCCCUCUAAUUUGUUCUUCUAUUUUCCGGGAAAAUGUCGGGACGUGGUAAGGGAGGUAAGGGUUUGGGCAAGGGAGGAGCAAAGCGUCACCGUAAGGUCCUCCGGGACAACAUCCAAGGCAUCACCAAGCCUGCGAUACGCCGUUUAGCUCGUAGGGGUGGUGUGAAGCGUAUCAGCGGACUGAUCUACGAGGAGACUAGAGGUGUCCUCAAGAUCUUCUUGGAGAACGUCAUUCGUGAUGCCGUGACAUACACCGAGCACGCAAGGAGAAAGACUGUGACAGCCAUGGACGUGGUUUACGCUUUGAAGAGGCAGGGAAGGACUCUCUAUGGAUUUGGUGGUUAGACUGUAUAAUUUGGGCCUUAAAAUGUUAAGUUCGUACUAGUGGUUGUAGAUCUUGGCUAUAGAUCUGGUUUGUGUUCGUUUUUGUUAUUUCCUUGUGUUUCUGCAGACUGUAAUUUGGACUCGCAGUUUGAAGUAAUAUAAUUUUGUUUUAAUUCAAGUUUAGAAUCGUUGAUUCUCUAAUUUGCCCAAGUUGAUUGUACGGUGAUCUUCAGCAGAUCUAGGUUGGGUAGGUCUUCAUCUGUUUUCUGACGAUGGUAUUAGGAAGUGUUUUGAAUCCAUAUGCUCUCAUUAGUAAUUUGCAGUGAGUGAUUUCGAGAUUUUACAGAUAAAUAAGAGAAUCUUAGGUUGUCAUUCUUCAAA